AUGGAUAAAUCUAAGCGACUCUUUCUUAAAUCCAAACAAUCUUUUCGUAGGAGUUUGUCUCCGAUCCAAUCGGGGGAUCGAAUUGAUUAUAAAAACAUGAGUUUACUUUAUCGAUUUAUUAGUCAACAAGGAAAAAUAUUAUCUAGACGCGUAAAUAGAUUGAGCUUAAAACAACAACGAUUAAUUACGAUUGCUAUAAAACAAGCUCGUAUUUUAUCUUUGUUACCUUUCGCUAAUUCAUUACCUUUUGUUAAUAAUGGAAAAAAAAAAUAUGAAAAAAGGGAGUCGAUCACUAGAACUACCGCAGUUCGUAAAAAAAAAAAAUAG